UGUUCAACAAAGAAUGAUGUCUGAAAACGAAUAUCCGUUAAAAACAACGUUUGACAUUUCAGGAAACUUAACAGAAACACUGUGGUUUCCAGCUGACAAACAAGUCAAAAAAUCAUCUGGAAAUAAUUUGAUUUUUUUUAUGAUACCUGGUAAUCCUGGUGUUAUCGAUUAUUAUACCGAUUUUUUAAUGACGAUUUAUGAAGAACAUGAUAAGCUAAUUGAUGUAAUUGGAG